GUUCGGGGGGGGGGGGCGCGGCCGUCUCCUACAUUAUUCACAGCGCGGCUCCUUGCUCCUCCUAACUCUAACCUUUGUUUCCGGAUGUGGCUCCUUCUCUUCCGUCCGUCUCCUCUUUCUGUUGGGGAGGGUGCGGGGGAAAUGUCCGAGCUUUAAAUAGUGGGACGGGGGCUAGCAUCGCGUCCUUGCGUUUCUCAUCUUUCCCUUUUUAAGAAGUAGAUCAUUUACUCAUGUUUGCUCGGAAAUAAGGCCAGUAGCUCACCGGUAGAGUGCAUGGUGAAGGUGCUAAGUUCAGUCUUCAGUAUCUCUAGUGACAGGGUCUCAGACCGUUCCCUGGGACUUUGCAGGAAGCACCAUCAGCCACAGUGGACUCAGAAUAGUAGCUUAAUUAUAUGUUCAGUAUCAGUGGGACUUGCCUAGGGUUAUAAACGUAGGGUUCAGUCGAUAAGAGAUGUGUCUUUCGUAGCAGUUUUUUCUGCACCUAAGUUACUUUCCUUUUAUAUGAAACUUCCCAAAGCGCUUGCAAAUACAGAAGACUAUCAGUCCCAAAUAAACAAGCCAAUUCAUCUUAGUUAAUAUGUAGUUUAUUGGGUCAGGGAAUCACAUCAUCUGCCAUCCUCUGAGCAAUUCUGUGGGAGAGGUCAUUGUAUUAUUACUAGUUUACCCUUUGGGAACUGAGGCUGGGGAAUGGAUGAUUUACCCAGUGCUGAGUCACCGAGUCUCUUGUAAUUGAGGAGGAGUUUUAAUUUCAUACUCUCCAGUACAAAGCUACACUGGCUCAUGAUGAGAUUCUGAGAUUGAAAUUAAAUAUUUCAAAGCGCUUGUCUGCCCCUUGGCUUAAGCCAUAUCUGAUCCAAAAGAAUGGGAACAAUUUGAGAUCCUGCUUGAAGAGAAUGCCUGCUGAGAAACCUCAGUCAGAAAACAGCAUUCAAGGAGAGAAUGAUGGUGCCAUUGGGAGUGAUUCAAGUACCACAGGACUAAUGGAAGCUGAACAAGAAGGCAAUUUACCGCCCAGUGCAUGUCAUAUGGGAGACCAUCUGGAAGCUCUUGCCUUUGAAAGCAAGCUAUCUCCAGCAGCAGGUGCUUCUUCUGGAUCACUAAGAAAGGGUCCACUGCUGCUCAUCAACAGGCAGCAAAUCCAGUCUGUGGCACGUGGAGCUCAGGCAGAUGAACUCAAAGGCCUGGAAGUUGUUGUGUAUGACCAGGAUGUGUUAGAACAAGGUGUUCUUCAGCAAGUAGACAAUGCAGUAAAUGAAGCAAACAAGGCAGCGCAAAUUGCCAAUGCAAAAAAAGAAUACCAGUCUGUUUUGGAUGACUUGAGGUCAUGUACAACAUCCUUGAAACAAAUUGCUGCAAUUAUCGAGCAAUUUACUCCUCAGGCUGCCACUAAUAAAGAUAUUAACAGAAAACUAGAUUCUGUGAAGCGGAAAAAACACAACAAGGAGCAACAGUUGAAGAAAAUCGAAGCAAAGCAAAGACGCCUUCAGAUAAUUCUUGGUGAAGAAAUUCCUGAUGGAAUAGAUGGUGCUGUAUUUGAGGAAGCUGGAGGCCCUGGUCCCUCAUCCCUAGGCAGUAUGCUUAUGCCAGCCCAGGAAACUGAAUGGGACCACCUUAUCCGAACUGGUCAGAUGACUCCUUUUGGAACAAAAGUAUUCCAGAAUCAAGAGAGGAAGCCCCGCCGGAUAAUGCUAAAUGAAGCAUCUGGUUUUGAAAAAUAUUUGGCAGAUCAAGCAAAGCUCUCAUUUGGAAGGAAAAGGCCUUCAGUUCAUAGGGGGACCAAGCAGAAAUCACAUUCACAGACAUGUUGGACUAAAGCUCCAGUAUGUCCCCUGAAAGACAAGGGAAGCAAGAGUAAAAGCCUGCCAAAAAUGGAUAACCGCUUGAAGAAGCGCAUGAAAAAGCUUCAGAACCAUGUUCUUAAGAUUCAGGCAAAGGCCAGACUUCCCAAGGACAAUGAGCUACAGGGAGGGGAGGACGGGGAGGACUCUGAAUGCAUGCUUGGGGAAGAAGAAGACCUCAGUAGUCUGGAUGAGGAAGAAGAUUUUUUUCAAGAUGAUGGUGAUGAUGAUUAUGAAGUGAAACCUCUGUCAAGGAGAUUUUCAUUAACGUACGGAUUUCAAGAAGUUAGCGAGGAUGACUUUUUCCCAAGCUCUGAUGAAGAAGAAGAUAAUGUUGCUGGGAAAAGGAGAAUAAAAAAAUGCAGAGAUGAUGGCAAUGAAGAUUGCUAUAAACAAAGAUUAAGGAGGUGGCACAAGCAACAACUAAAAGACAAAAGGGAACAACAGAAUGCCGGGGAAGAUUCUGAUGAUAGUGAUGCUGAAUUUGCUGAGGGUUUUAGAGUUCCAGGGGUUCUUUUCAAGAAGCUUUUCAAGUACCAGCAGACAGGUGUUAGGUGGCUCUGGGAAUUGCACUGCCAGCAGGUGGGAGGAAUUCUGGGAGACGAGAUGGGAUUGGGCAAGACCAUCCAGAUAAUUGCUUUCUUGGCAGGUCUGAGCUAUAGCAAGAUCAGGACUCGUGGUUCAAAUUACAGGAUCGCAGGACUGGGUCCAACAAUGAUUGUGUGUCCAACCACUGUGAUGCAUCAGUGGGUGAAAGAAUUCCAUACUUGGUGGCCUCCAUUUAGAGUUGCAAUUCUACAUGAGACCGGCUCUUACACCAACAAAAAGAUUAAACUUAUUCGGGAAAUUGUAGCGUGUAAUGGCAUUUUGAUAACCUCCUACUCAUAUAUUCGCUUGCUGCAAGAUAACAUCUAUGGCUAUAAUUGGCAUUAUGUGAUUCUAGAUGAGGGACACAAGAUUCGGAAUCCAAAUGCUGCAGUCACAGUUGCUUGCAAACAGUUCUGUACUCCUCAUCGAAUCAUCUUGUCUGGGUCACCUAUGCAAAACAACUUAAAAGAGCUGUGGUCCCUCUUUGACUUUGCAUUUCCAGGAAAACUGGGGACAUUGCCUGUCUUCAUGGAGCAAUUUUCUGUUCCAAUAACCAUGGGAGGCUAUUCCAAUGCCUCUCCAGUUCAGGUAAAAACAGCAUAUAAGUGUGCUUGUGUUUUACGGGACACAAUUAACCCCUAUCUGCUGCGGAGAAUAAAGGCAGAUGUUAAAAUGAGCCUUUCACUACCAGAUAAAAAUGAACAGGUACUUUUUUGCCGUUUGACAGAUGAACAGCACCAAGUAUACAAAAACUUUAUUGAAUCCAAAGAGGUUUAUCAGAUUCUCAGUGGAGACAUGCAGAUUUUCUCUGGAUUGAUAGCCCUGAGAAAGAUCUGCAACCAUCCAGACCUCUUUUCUGGCGGUCCUAAGAUUUUGAAGGGUAUCCCUGAUGAAGAAUUAAAUGAAGAUGACCAUUUUGGAUUCUGGAAACGUUCUGGAAAAAUGAUAGUCAUAGAGUCUCUGCUGAAAAUAUGGCACAAGGAAGGCCAUAGAGUACUUUUCUUUACUCAGUCUCGGCAGAUGCUACACAUUCUAGAAGCAUUUCUAAAGCAGAGAAACUAUUCCUACCUCAAAAUGGAUGGCACCACAACAGUUGCAUCAAGGCAGCCUCUUAUUACAAGAUACAAUGAGGAUAUAUCUAUAUUUAUAUUCCUACUUACUACUCGAGUUGGUGGACUUGGCAUUAACUUGACAGGUGCAGAUAGAGUGAUUAUCUAUGACCCUGACUGGAAUCCCAGCACAGACACCCAGGCUCGUGAACGUGCAUGGAGAAUAGGCCAGACAAAAGAGGUGACUGUGUACAGACUUGUUACUGCUGGUACUAUUGAGGAAAAGAUUUUCCACAGACAAAUCUUCAAACAGUUUCUAACAAACAGAGUGUUGAAAGAUCCAAAGCAAAGGCGCUUUUUCAAAUCAAAUGAUCUCUAUGAACUCUUUACAUUGAGCAGUCCAGAUGGAGCUCAAGGGACUGAAACCAGUGCUAUUUUUGCAGGGACUGGUUCUGAUGUUCCAGCACCAAAAUGGCAGUUGAAGCAUAAAGUUGCAAACCACUCUGAUGCUUCUAAAAGACGGCACCAUCUUGCAGAACAUACCUUACCCACAUGCACCAAUCUGUCAGAUUCCUUCUCAGAAAGACAUGUAAGUUCACAUACUGCAGCAACAGAAGCAGAUGAAACUAUCAAGCUCAGCUCAGAAACAUCCGAAUGGACUUCCAGUCUUCCAAAAGAUAAUGCUAAGAUGAUGGCAGCUGCUCAUAUAGAUUUGUUCACUGGAGUGGAAGAGAAAUGUUUAGAAUCAGGUGAGGGAUCACAGUCCAGAGCACAGCUAGGGAAGAAAGAAGUAUCUGAAAAUAAAGCAUGUUUGAAUUCUUUACCAAUUGGUGACACGAGUGUAAGUAGUGAAAGGCAGCAUAAUCUCAUACAUGAGAAAAAUAGUCAUUCCCGGAAGCAGGAUGGAAAUGAGCAGCUGAAUAAUUAUUGCAACAAGCAUACUUCAAAAACUAAACAUGAAUGCAGUUCAAGGAAGCCCAAAUGUUCUCAAGAUGCCAGGUUUGAGGGUAAGCGAAUUCCUCACCUCGUGAAACACAGAAGGUACCGAAAGGAAAACAAUGAGGAAGAGAAAGAUCCAAAGAGAAUUGAAGACUACGUUUUGGAGAAACUUUUCAAAAAGUCAGGAAUACACAGUGUAAUGAAGCAUGAUGCUAUUAUGGAAGCCUCCAGUCCAGAUUAUGUGCUAGUAGAAGCAGAAGCGAAUCGUGUUGCUCAGGAUGCCCUCAGAGCCUUAAAGAUCUCUCGACAGAGAUACCAUGGAGCUGCUUCUGGUGUUCCUCCUGGUUGUCCAACAAGAGUAAAAAGCAGAUUUGGUCAGAAGAGGAACCCAACGUUGGUGAUGUUGUCUUCCUCCUCCCCAUCUACAGGAAAGAAAUGCAAGGAUGUUGAGAGAGGGAGAGAAGAAAAUAAAAACAAAAGUGUUCCUACUGUUCAUUUUGAUGGAAGAGUGCAAGCAGGAGAGUUUUCUUCAAGUACCCUGGAUUCAUCAUCUCUGCUAGCUAAAAUGAGGGAAAGAAAUCAUCUGAUUGUACCACAGAGAACUGAUAAUCAAACGGAGGAGAAUCUCCAGCAGGCAGGAGUUGCACCCUCUGUAGCAACAGAACAUUACAAGUUACUGAUUGAUGUCCGAAACUUCAUAGCGUUCCAGGCCCAUGUGCCUGGUCAAGCUAGCACGCAGGAAAUACUACAAGAGUUUGAAUCAAAGCUGACUGUGGAACAGUCUUCUGUCUUCCGAGAGCUCCUGAGAAACCUCUGCACUUUUUGUAGGGGGUCAAGUGGGGAAGGACUGUGGAACCUAAAACCAGAGUUUACCUAAUGAAUUCUUUUAGGAUGCAUAGAUCUUAUCAAACACUCAAUUGUCUUUUUACUGUGUUCAUCAUAUGUAAUGAUGCUAUGCUUAAAUACUUCUAUACGCUGUUUUACACAUGCAGUGCCAUCUACCUCGUAAUGCAGCAGAAGCCAAGCGUUUUUUAAAAAUCUUCCAGUGACUGGGACUCCCAAUGCCUAAUUUAUAGCUAUGGAUUUCCAUUCAGCUUUCUGAUAAUCUAAGGCAUGAAAAUCGGAAAGCACAAGCUGUUGGUCUGAAUGCAUAUUGCACAUGAUAACAUCUUAAAUAGGCAUCAGAUGCUUGAUCAUAGCAAUUAACAACAGUAAGAAGAAUUGUUUUCAAUCCUGAAAUAUAUUUCCAUUUCUUAUUUUUAGGAAGUAUAACCUGUAUAUAACUUCUCCUGCUGCCAGAAUUUAAUUGGAUGAUCUAGAAACCAAUAUCCUAUCUGGGUGUUGGAAAUUAUGAUGGGGCAGAUUUCCCUCUAUUAUCAAUAAUUCAGACACACACACAGUUAUGGAUCCCUUGAAGCCAUUCAUUCCAAUUCCUGUCCUGCCCUGCUCAGUUACUAGAACCCAUGUGCAGUCAUGGGCUUGCAGCAUAGAGAGAAAUCAUUGUUUUCUCUGGUUACCAAAAGAACAUGAUUUUGCCAAACCGAUAGAGGGUGCCUCUCUAGGUGGGGGUCUGCUAGGAACUUGGGCACAUUUUGUUACUUCAAGAACUGUGGUCAGGUGAUCAUUAUCUAAAAUGCAAGCUGAACACCAGCAAAGGAGAUUAAUAUUUAAUUAUUUAUUCUUUGCCCUGCAACCUUAAUAGCUGAAGAUAUUUAAAAAUUAUUUUGAGUAAAGAAUGGCAUGUUGCCGCAUGCUGGUGGCAAUGUAUGUGGUUGACCUUGAAACCUUGAAACAUCUAGAGAAAAGAACAUGGACAAUUUUGUUGGGUGAUUGUUGUGAUUUUUUUGAAAUUUGCAUUGAAUAGUUAUAUUGGCAAGCCUCAGAUUAUUGUUGUUACCUUCUUGAGUCAUUGCUCUGUUCAGUGAAAUAGUUCAAUUCAUAACUCUUUAUUGCACGUGAAAACAAAUGUCCGUAUGUGUCAAAAAUAUCGAGAACCAUAGUAUUUUAGUCAUUCAUCUAGAAGAUCAGCUUGAAUUUAAUGGCUAUCCAACCAUUUUAGUCAAGUAUAGAUCCAAUAGUGCCUCUUGCAGAGCUUUAUAAAUGAAAUAUACAUUUCCUUCAUAGCAAUCUUUUUUUAAAAAAAACUCACCUGCCCUUUACUAUUUCUAUUUCCAGGGCAUGCCCUUCAGUUUGGCUAUUUCCAGGAUAAUUAAUAAUGAUAUGCAUGGAUAAAAUCAAUAACAUCAGUAAUGUUAUCAAAAUAUCUUUCACGGAUGAAUCCACAGGUUGAAAACAGAGACCACACUUCAAAUACUUGAGGGGCUUUCACACAGAAGAAGGCAAAGACUUGUUCUCUGCUGCAUCUGUAGCUGGGACAAGAUUGAAUGGCUUAAGUUAUAGGAGUAUUGCUUUAUUUGCAUGCAAAUAAGCCAAGAAUAGCAUCCACAUGUGAAAAAUCUUUAGAGUUGACUUGUGUUGUGGAAGGACUAGAGGUUGCUUUCAUUUUCUUUCAGGAAACCAUUUUUUUCCCUGUUGGCUAGUUCAUACAAGAGCCAUAAACAAGUCUCCAUAUGGCCAGAAGGGUCAUAGCUAAAUCUUCAGAGAAACCUCUUGAUGAUUAAGAGCAAUCCAGCAAUGGAAACAUAAAUUACCUUGAGGGGUGGUCACUUCUCCUUUGCUGGAGGUCUGGACAGCCAUUAGUGAAUGGUGCUUUAGCUGUGGGUUUCUUGCAUAGGGGGGUGGACUAAAAUACAGUAUUGUCCCCAAAGCUUGAAUUAUUCUCAACUGGAUAGCCUCCUCGCUGGUCAACUUUUCUCCAUAUCAAUUUAAAAGUUGCUCUGCAACCUUCUUGAUUUCAAGCAUGAGCAGACUGGUUCCUUUAUAGUUUUCAGUGGGGUCAUCUACUUCACUUUGUUCCAAAUGCAGAGCUUGGAAAAGUUACUUUUUUGAACUACAACUCCCAUCAGCCCAAUCCAGUGGCUAUGCUGGCUGGGGCUGAUGGGAGUUGUAGUUCAAAAAAGUAACUUUUCCAAGCUCUGUCCAUAUGUUCCUUAAUACUUAAGCCCUUCCUCUAAACUUAGUAAUCACAUAUGCACUUGAGAACAUGUAGAUUUGCUUGUUAAAUCAGCCCCACACAAAAAUAGAGGCUUUCAAAAAUGCUAGCUUGGAGGCCUUUGGUUUCAGCAUCCUAACCUGGCAACCUAAAUUUGACUUCCAGGACUUCUUCACUACAUUGCCCAGUAUUACUGGCACCUGUGUAUAGAAUGCCUACUGGCAGUUUUCUAGCACUCAUGCCUAUCAAUAUAUCUCAUUAUUUUCCCCAGGCAGGUAACUUACCAUCCAAUAAGCACACUUUUUAUUUCUUUUAUGUAUUCAUUGAAUAAAUUUAUAUCCUGCCUUUAGAAAAUCAAACAAGGAGAGGCUCAUAAUAUAAGCAAAUUUAUAACCAUAAUAAACAUUGUUUAAACCUAGAAAAUACACCAUAACAAUAAAAUGAACAAAUAGCAUAAAUGAAUCUAUCUUUCUCAUUACUGAGUUUCUAACAAGACAUUCAUGCCCUUGGUGCUACUCAUGCCCUUCACAAGGAAAGGAUAUCAGUUCAUGUGAGAGAUGGGACAAUCCCUUCUACCUUACUUCCCCCUUUUUUAGAAUGAUAUGACUGCUUUUCACAUGAUGAGGAUCUUAUUCUCUGCAACAGCACCAAAGCUGCCAUCAUAAUAUUGGGACUUAGCUUUGAUGCCAUUGAAGGUCUUCCAUUGGUACUUUUAAGCUUCUCAUUAGAGCUGAAGUGAAUAUUUGCAACUAUUUGAGAGUCAACACAUUUUCCAAUUUUGCUAUUCAAAUUCUGAUUCAGAGAUGUUUGCCUCAGUUCAAAAUUUGAUUGCUUUAGGCUCAUUUAAUGAACUUGUGAAUGUCAUAGACUAACGUACAUUAUCAAAUACAAUAUAUCUGUAGUCUUUGGGGGAAUCCUGGAUUUUUUGAAAAUCUAUCAGUUUUGAGAGACAGAUUGCCCUGUUACAGGAAUGGUGGGUGUUGUAGGGAAUAAAUUAAGGGUCAUGAGAGCCACUAAACACAGGUUCCUUGGCAGACAAGCUGAUGUGGAAAGUCCCCUGAAAGUAGAAAGUUUGAAAAUCACUUUAAUACUCCAGCCAUCAGUACUGUCAAGGGCUAAAUACAAUUAUGUAUGCAUUAUCAAAUACUACAAAAUAUCAAUUGAUAUUUCAUAAUUUUGAAUCAAAUACUAUUGUUUGUCAAGUACAAAUAUUAGAUAUUCAGAAAUUAUUCAAUAAAUUUGUCCAUAUAACUGAAUAUUUGGCAGCAAUAUUUGCCAAGGAGAAUUUGGGGGAUAAUUAGGGAAAACAAUACGAACUUCCGCUCUAGAGAACAAUACACAGUGUAUAUAAAGCUUUACUGCUUUCUAUUGUUCUGGCUCACGCUCAGGCCAGGUUUUUGCUGGAGCCAGAAAACUGGCUGAACUAUCCAUUCCACUUCAAGCUGCAGGUGGAAGCCCACUUCCAUACAAAUAAAUCCAAAUGGGAAAAUAGCAUAUCCAGGAGCAGGCAAGAUUAGAAAGCUUGUUUUGCUAUGCCUAAUUAUUUUUGUGGGAGUUUGAUACAGAAGAGCAUUCUGGUACAGACUGGAGUCUCCAGGUCCAGUCUAAAGUGAUACAGGUGGGAUGCAGGUUUACUGCCUCAGAUUUUAGGGUUCUCUGUGUUUAAAGAUAUACCCAAAUAUAUAUGGGAAGUUAGCUCACCCUGCUUUUAUCCUACCUUCUAUUGUUAACUUCAUUAAUUGGAAGCAGCUUCCAAAAAGAAAUUAUUGGAAGCAACAGCUAUCCUCCCCUAAACGUGUAGUGCCAGCUCAGUCCACCCAAGCCUCUCCUGACUGAUUCACCUACACAAUAGUCACAUUAUAUGAUAUCACAACAGUUGUGUGAGAACCAAUAGUCUGGUUUCAUUUCACUUACCAGCUCAAUCUCUAAAGGUGCAGCAUCUUGUGGGCAGGGAUCAAGUGUGUCUUUAUGAUGAAAUAAUUGCCUGGCCAGGAUUGGGGGGAAGAAUCAGGGGGGAAGAACUUAGGUGAUUAAUUACACUCAUGGGUGGGCAAAAGGCCCAGCAGCAUAGAGGUGGGGCCAAUCAAACAAGUCCCACCAGAUCACCACCCACGAAAGGUGAUUACAUGGGAAAGGCCAACAUACUUCACCCCUGUAAUGUUUCACUUUUCAUAGUUUGUUAUAAUCAGUAGAACAGGUAAAGUUUGGAAGAUGUCUAUAAAUUUGGUAUGAAGAAAAAGGGAGUGAGUUAGAAUGUUAAGAAAUGCUGUGUGCUGAUUCCUGAAUAUAACUGGGAAGACUGAGGAGGGAGUGGUUAGAUGGGUAAAACAGCCAAGAUUAUACUUUUAUUCUCUGGGGAAAUUGAGGAAAGAAUAAGAAAAAUGAAACCAGUAAUCUUUAUCUUGCAACCACCUGAUUCCAGAACCUGAAUAUAGAGUAAACUUGUUUAUAUUUCUUACAUCUGUUAAAUAAAUAAACUUCAUUUAUUUUUAACAUACCUGAUCCUUGGUCUAGUUAGCAAAUAGGACAAGUUUAACUGUGACUAUACAUAGCUCUACAGUAGAUUGACAUAAGGCAAAUAAGAGCAGAAAUGAUUAUUAGUGGUGGCAGCGAGAUUCCCAUCAAAACAACAACCCAUAGCUGAGAUCUUUACAGACUAUAAAGUAUCCAGAAGGGUUGAGGCUUUUUGGUGCCAAGACAGUUUGUAAGCAAGUCUGCGGGGUGGGGAAGAAAAUAAGGACCCUAGCAACAGCUUUACUUAAUUUGAUGUGUGAAAUUAGAAUCUCUACUUGUGCCUAGUAGUGUAGUGGCAAAUUUAGAAGUCCAGGGUUCCUUUAUGAGUCAUCAGGAUUGGCCUCACAGGCCAAAUUUGAUAGAUGACUAGGAGCACCCGCCUGUCAAUCACAUGACAUUAUUAUCCAACCUACUGAUCAAUUGGUGGGAUGGCUCCCAUGACUGGAAUACAGCAACUGAAGGAUACAACUUGUUCAAGAAGAACAGAAGGAAUAAAAAGGGAGGUGGAGUUGCGCUAUAUGUUAAAAAUAUAUAUCCUUGCACAGAAAUACAGGAAGAUGAGCUUGGUAGCUCCACCAAGAGGAUCUGGAUUAAAAUUAAUGGGGCAAGUAAUAAAA